UAGAUAUAAUUAAUUUAAAAUGUCACAAAAUACAAAAAAUAACAUAAGUGAGAAUCCUAGUGGAAAUAAUGUAGAUAAAGUAGAAAUUAGUACAAUAGGAAACUUGAAGAAUAAUGAAGAAAUCGAGUUUGAAGACGCUUUAGUUUUAGCAGGUUUCGGCAAGUACAAUUUCAGAUUGUUGAUUCUCAGCAUUUACUCAUUGCUGGCCGCCAUUGCAGAGGUUUUUAGCGUUGGCAUCAUUGUAGCAACGAGCCAAUGCGAUUUGGAGCUCGGCGUGUUUGAAAAGGGAAUCAUCGGCUCCGUGCCUAUCUUGGGUGUAAUAUCAAGUGCCCACUUCUGGGGCUACCUCGCCGACACCAGAGGUCGCCUCUACACCCUCCAUAUUACUAUAAUUGGCACAGCUGUUUUUGCCUUCCUGUGUAGUUUUGCUAAUCAUUGGAUAUUUCUGAUGGUAGCUAAACUGUUUUCUGCUAUAUUUGCCUGCGGCACGAACGCCGUUAUAUUUUCUCUGCUCGGAGAGAGCACGCUGCAGACCUACAGAGCGAGGUUCCUUCUCUACGCUACAACGGGCAUUAUGUUCAGUCAAGCUGUUAUCUGUGCGGUAGCAUACCCAACCCUUCAACUUAAUUUCGCGUUCUACAUACCAUUCCUCAACUUCUUGUACCGGCCAUGGCGUCUGCUGAAUCAGGUCAUCGCUCUCCUCAGUAUCCUCGACUAUUUUCUUCUAAAGUGUUAUGUGUUGGAGAGCCCUAAGUUCUACGUUUCAAAAGGCGAGCAUGAAAAGGGCCUGGAAAUAUUGAAGCAGAUGUUUGCUGUGAACAGUGGGCGAGAUAAGAAUGAAUUUAGCGUUAAACAAGUUGUUCUAAAUGAAGAUGAAAACAAAACGAAGAGCUCUAACUUUUUCCAAUCAAUAUGGAAUCAAACGACGCCGUUGUUUAAUAAAAAGCACCUCAAGAACACGCUGCUUAUUUUCGGAAUUAGCGUACCAACAUAUUGUAUAUGCCCUCCGUUCUCUGUGUGGAUGCCGUAUAUAUUCAACAGCUACAAGAAUUUGGGAGAGCCCGGGAUGAGUUUCUGCCAAAUGUUUAACGUUCAAACUUACUUAGGGAACGAGACUACAUUUACUGAGGCGGAUUUGGUUUGCGACGACACCAUUGUUCCGUUCACGUUCGCCGCCAUCACCGGCUUCGCGUGCACCAUCACUGUCGUCUCUAUCAUCAGCGUUGCCAUCGUGAAGUACAUCGGCAAGAAAUGGACCUACAUCGGCUUCCACUUGCUCGCGACCAUGCUAGCCGCGAUCAUCGACUUCGUGCCCAUCGAGUGGGGCAUCGUGGCGUUCGUCGGUAUGAUGUGCAAUGUGGUCUGCAUGGGCGUCACCACCAGCUACGCUGUUGAACUGUUUCCUACGUAUAUGAGGUGA